AUGGCGGAUACCGUCAUGACGGACGCGCCUGCGGCCGAUCCUUCCGUUCCAUUCUCCCUGCGACCCCGGUUCAAGAUCUCUGAACUGCCCCUUGUCAAAGAGCAACGUUCGACAAUCGACGCUCUCCUCCUUAAAUUCAAGAAGCAAGGCGGCUACGAUAUCCUACGGAAGCAAAUUUGGGCAUCGUACAACAGUUCAGACGCUAAGACAACCCUUAUUGAGCGGAUCCAAUCCAUUGCAGAAGCCGAGAUCGAGAAAGACCCCAAUCUGCUGAGUCGUGAACGGGGCAAAGCAGCCACAUUGAUCCAGGGUGCAGUCGACAGAAGCGGCGUUUACCAAGAUGUCGAAUCAACGAUCGACACUGAGAUUGCAAAGAGUGCAAGCCAAAUGCUUGAUGCCGUACGAAACAUCCGCAGAGCAGAAGUCGGUCCUGAUGUAGCAGAUGAAGAAGAGAAGCGAGGCAGCAAAACAGACGAGCAAUACAGAGCGGAGACAGAAAAUCGGGCUGCCGAACGGGAACGGAACAGGGCCCGAAUGGAGCAGUUGCUACGCGAGACUGCGGAACUCAAGGCUAAGAUCAAAAUGGAAGAAGAAAGAAAGCGGAAGAAGGAAGAAGCUAAACGUGAGGAGGAAGAGCGGAAAAAGCGCGAGGCCGAGGAAGAGGAGAGAAAGGCUGCCAGAGCUAAGCGGCGAGAAGAAGAAGAAAAGCGAGAGGCCGAAAGAAUAAAGGCCAGAGAUGAAAGGCACAGAAAACGAGAGGAAGAACGACGAGAAAGAGAAGCUCGCUACGAGAGAGAACGAGAUAGGGAAAGGGAUCGUGAUCGUGACCGUGAUCUCGAACGCAACCGUGAGCGUGAGCGUGAACGAGAACGGGAACGAGAUCGUGAGAGAGAUCGCGACAGGGACCGCACCCGCAGAAGAAGUGUUGAUCGAAAAGAUUCUCGAGCAGGCUCGAUCAUCUCAAAGCCCUUGCCUACGGACGAAAAGGAGUUGGAAGCGACAGCUCUGGAACUGCUAUUGAACGAAAGCAAACAACUGGCGGAGAAGUCUAAGCAGCGACCAGGAUAUGAUUUCGAAAAAUCUGAAGUCCAUGAAUCAUCUCGCAGAUAUGGUGGAUCUGAUCGCUAUUCAAGAAAAAGAGAAAGAUCCAGGGACAGUUACAGACGUGAUCAUGACCGACGAAGCAGAUCUCGUACUCGCCGAGCAUCUAUCCAAGAAAAGGACAAGCCGAUUGAGAAGGGAAGGGAGAGGGAGCGGGAGCGAGUGAAGGAGACCGAGAAGGAGAGAGGAAGAGAGAAGGAGCCGGUGAAGGAAACGGAGAAGGAACAGGAAAAGGAAAAAACUGUCACCCAGUGCCGUCGGAGCCCAAGCAAAGACCGCGAAGAGGGAGAAGCGCAAAGCCAACAAGACUCAGCAUCGCCAGUUCCUGAGAAACCCAGCACCACCCGAGAAAGAAGACCUCGAUCAGCUUCGCCUAUGAACAUUGACCGUUAUGUCCCAGGAGGGGGGUUCCACCGUUCUGAAGAAGAGCGCGAGCGCGCCCGCGAGAGGCGCAAGGCCAGAGAGUUAGAGAGGGAACGCGAGCGUGAGCCACGACGGAAAUAUGAUAGUCAUCGAGGUGAUGCCGAUCCGGAUCGCGAGCGCGACCGUGACCGUGACCGAGACCGAGAUGCAGAUCGAGACAGGGAGAGAGAGAAAGACCGCGACAGGGACGGUGAUCGUUAUCGUGCAAGGGACCGAAGUCGGGAACGCACCCGAGGCCGCAGCAGAGACCGCGAGAGAGACCGUAGUCGCGAUCGGGUCAGAGAUCGCGAACGGGAUCGAAGCCGAGCUCGGGACAGAGACCGAAGUCGUGAUCGCAGCAGGGAUCGAGACAGAGACCGCGAGCGAGAUCGUGAAAGGAGGGAACGCAGUCCUCGACGCCGCGAUGAACGUCGUGAUGACAGACGGGACGAUCGGCGUGACGACCGGAGAGACAGCCGGAGAGACAGAGAUCGCAGUGUUUCCCGCCGAGACCGAGAUAGUGCCAUCGACCGGUACGUUCCAGGCAGAUAA